CUCCUGGCACCUCGAAGCACGAGGGUCAGGGGAGCUUUGCAAAGAGCAGGAGAGAGUGGAUGCGAGGAGGUGGCGAUCCGAGCACCAGCCGGCGCUUCAGCCCCCCCUCCAGCAGCCUGCAGCCCGGCAAGAUGAGCGACGUGAGCCCGGUGGUGGCUGCGCAACAGCAGCAGCAGCAGCAGCAGCAGCAACAGCAGCAGCAGCAACAGCAGCAGCAGCAGCAGCAGCAGCAGGAGGCGGCGGCGGCGGCAGCGGCGGCGGCGGCGGCCGCGGCGGCCGCGGUGCCCCGGUUGCGGCCGCCGCACGACAACCGCACCAUGGUGGAGAUCAUCGCUGACCACCCGGCUGAACUCGUCCGCACCGACAGCCCCAACUUCCUGUGCUCCGUGCUGCCCUCGCACUGGCGUUGCAACAAGACCCUGCCCGUGGCCUUCAAGGUGGUAGCCCUCGGAGAGGUACCAGAUGGGACUGUGGUUACCGUCAUGGCGGGUAAUGAUGAAAAUUAUUCUGCUGAGCUCCGAAAUGCCUCUGCUGUUAUGAAAAACCAAGUAGCAAGGUUCAACGAUUUGAGAUUUGUGGGCCGGAGUGGACGAGGCAAGAGUUUCACCUUGACCAUAACUGUCUUCACAAAUCCUCCUCAAGUCGCCACCUAUCACAGAGCUAUUAAAGUUACAGUGGAUGGACCCCGGGAACCCAGAAGGCACAGACAGAAGCUUGAUGACUCUAAACCUAGUUUGUUCUCUGACCGCCUCAGUGAUUUAGGGCGCAUUCCUCAUCCCAGUAUGAGAGUAGGUGUCCCGCCUCAGAACCCACGGCCCUCCCUGAACUCUGCACCAAGUCCUUUUAAUCCACAAGGACAGAGUCAGAUUACAGAUCCCAGGCAGACGCAGUCUUCCCCGCCGUGGUCCUACGACCAGUCCUACCCCUCGUACCUGAGCCAGAUGACGCCCCCGUCCAUUCACUCCACCACCCCGCUGUCCUCCACCCGGGGCACCGGGCUGCCUGCCAUCACCGACGUGCCCAGGCGCAUUUCAGAUGAUGACACUGCCACCUCUGACUUCUGCCUCUGGCCUUCCACUCUCAGUAAGAAGAGCCAGGCAGGUGCUUCAGAACUGGGCCCUUUUUCAGACCCCAGGCAGUUCUCAAGCAUUUCAUCCCUCACUGAGAGCCGCUUCUCCAACCCACGAAUGCACUAUCCAGCCACCUUUACUUAUACCCCGCCAGUCACCUCAGGCAUGUCCCUCGGUAUGUCCGCCACCACUCACUACCACACCUACCUGCCACCACCCUACCCCGGCUCCUCCCAAAGCCAGAGCGGACCCUUCCAGACCAGCAGCACUCCAUAUCUCUACUAUGGCACCUCGUCAGGAUCCUAUCAGUUCCCCGUGGUGCCCGGGGGGGACCGGUCUCCUUCCAGAAUGCUACCGCCGUGCACCACCACCUCGAACGGCAGCACGCUCUUAAACCCAAACCUGCCUAACCAGAGCGAUGGCGUUGACGCCGACGGAAGCCACAGCAGUUCCCCCACCGUUUUGAAUUCUAGUGGCAGAAUGGAUGAAUCUGUUUGGCGGCCCUAUUGAAACUUCCUCAGCAGUGGCCCAGCGGUCUCUGGGAGCCACGUCCCAAAUGUAUCGACAUAUACAUAUAUAGAGAG